GCAGGCAUGUCGCUACUUAAAAAAAUGCCAAGAAACUCUUAGUUUGCCUAAUCAUUCACUAAUACAAGAUGUUGUUUGCAGAUGGAAUAGUACAUAUUUGAUGUUAAGUAGAUUAUACGAGCAGAAGGCUGCCAUUAAUUUAUAUAUAGCAGAACGUGGUUCUAUAGAAAUAUUGUCUGUUAGUGAAUGGGCGGAUAUAUCUAAUGUAAUAUCAGUAUUAAAGCCGUUUUACCGAGCAACUCUUGAUCUGUCUUAUGAGUCUACGUGUGCAUCUGUCAUAAUACCUUUAAUUUCCAUGAUUCAAAUUAAGCUCGAAUCUAAUGAUAACGACGGUGCUGAAAUUGCGAUGCUAAAGGUAAAUUUAAAAACGUCUUUAUCGCGGCGAUUCGAAUUUAUUAAGACAAAUACAGAGUUGCUUAUUUCCACACUACUUGACCCGCGUUUUAAACAAAAAUAUUUCUCAACCGCAGAAACUCGUAGAUGUGAAACUCUAUUGAAAGAACAAAUAAAUACAAAUGAUGAUUCGUUGGAAGUUUUACCAGCUGUUUCUCCCAUUCGCUCCUCUGAAACAUUUCACACUAACAAUCUUUGGGAAUCUCACGAUUCUGAUAUAUUAUCUCAAGGUAUUGAAGUGAAAGAAGGUAUAUCACAAUUAAAAAAACAGCUUGAUUCCUAUCUUAAUGAGCAACGUAUUCCUCGGGAUAGUAAUAUUUUUGAAUAUUGGCAUCAGAGUCCAUAUUUUCUCUUGAAAAAAUAGCAACCAAAUAUCUGUCAG